AUGAUCAGCAACGCUGCUAUUGGCUGUUCAGCAUGGCUAAAGAACGCGCCCAGUUUUUUUCUCAAGGAGAACAAGAGCUUUUAAUGGAAGGUUAUGCGGAGUUUCAAUCUUUAAUUAAAACGACAGGGAACACCUCGAAGUCUGCAAAAGCCAGGAGAGAGGGCUGGCAAAAAGUAGCAGACAAAUUAAAUGCAGCCUCCGCGGGACCCAUUAGAACAUGGGGACAAGUAAAAGUGAAGUACAAGAAUAUUCUACAAAAUGCCACCAAGAAAAAGGCUGAAAAAAAAACAGGUGGUGGUCCUGCACCACCACAAUAUACCCCAGCAGAGGAGCUGGCCCUUGGGUUGAAUCAAAACCGACCCAUUGUGGAGGGCAUCCCUGGCGGCAGCUCUUCCUCAGACCCAAAGCCAGGGACCAGUAGCAGCAACACCUUUAUUACUGUUUUACAUAAUACACCAACCCUUUUACCUGUUCCCAAGCAAGUGGUGGCUGAAGCAUAUGCAGACCGUGAAGAAACCCUCUCAGAUGACUGUCCUUUGGAGGAAGAACCUGAGUCCACACCUACAGAAAGGCCUACAGAAAGGCCUACAGAAGAGUCUGCACAAAGAAGUGAUACAGAGGUGGACAGUGUUACACAGGGUGACAUCCGUACCUGCAAUAGCAAAAAAAUUCUGCUUUACAACCUGGGGUCUUAA